CCGGAAAUGACUCAAAAGUGAAAGUGAAAGCGGAUAAUUUUUGUGUCGAGAAAAACGCGAUGCUCUUUGGAACAGAAUCGCAGAUGAAGCUAUGUUCAUGCUAAAAGACAUUUGACUUUCUGAAAUAAUGUCAGGGGAGUGUGAGGAAAACCGAGCCUCUAAAAUGAAUCAUCAAGAGGAGCAGGGCAAGUUUAAAAGUGAAACUGGGAAAAGGCCAGAUUCUCCUGUAUCGAGCUGUUUGUCCUUUAAGAGUGACCAGUCAAUGCCACUCUCUAUCCACUUUAAUGAAAAUACAGCAUCUCAAGAAAGUGAAACUGGGAAAAGGCCAAAUUCUCCUGUUUCCAGCUGUGUGUCCUUUAAGAGUGACCAGUCAAAGCCACUCUCUAUCCACUUUAAUGAUAAAACAGCCUCUCAAGAAAGUGGAACUGGGAAAAGGCCAAAUUCUCCUGUAUCCAGCUGUGUGUCCUUUAAGAGUGACCAGUCCAAGCCACUCUCUAUCCACUUUAAAGAAGGAACAGCCUCUCAGGAAAGUGCUGUAAUAAUGCCGAAUCGGAUUACCUGGAGAGGAGUUGCAGGAAUACUCAACAACAAAUCUAAAUACAAAAGAACCCCAAAGCAGAAGUCAGAAAUCAGCUGCAGAAAUUCAGUGAAGUCCAUAUUCCAGGAGCUGGAGCACAAAGUCAUCACUCUGUUGAAGAAGGAGCUGAACAGGUUCAAGGAGCUACUGAGUGCUGAUUUCCCAGCAUGCUCUGAGGAGGAGGAGGAGCAGGAUCUGCACUGUUUCAGAGAGGGUGUGCUGAAGAUCACACUGCACAUCCUGAAGAACAUGAAGCAGAAAGAUCUCGCUCACACACUGCAGAUCAAGCUGGCCUCUGUGUAUCAGCGAAAGCUCAAAUCCAGACUUCUAGAUAAAUGUAAAAGAAUUAAUGAAGGAAUCUCACAGCAUGGGACAUCAGCACUUCUGAAUCAGAUCUACACAGAACUCUACGUCACAGAGGGUGGGAGUGGAGACGUCAAUAAAGAACAUGAGGUGAGACAGAUUGAGACAGCGUCCAGGAGACCAGCAGCAGAGGAGACACCCAUCAAAUGUAAUGAUCUCUUUAAAGACAAGUCCAUCAGAAGUGUACUGACUAAAGGAGUAGCUGGAAUUGGAAAAACAGUCUCUGUGCAGAAGAUCAUUCUGGACUGGGCUGAAGGGAAAGAGAAUCAGGACGUCACCUUCAUGUUUCCACUUCCCUUUAGAGAGCUGAAUUUGGUGAAGCUGGGGACCUUCAGUCUGAUGAGCCUUCUUCAUCAGUUUUUCCCUGACAUUAAGGACUUGGAAGUAAUAGACAGUGACACCUACAAAGUCCUGUUCAUCUUUGAUGGUCUGGAUGAGUGUCGACUUCCUCUAAAUUUCCAGAAGAAUGAGAUGUUGAGUGAUGUGACAGAGUCAGUCUCAGUGGAUGUGCUGCUGACAAACCUCAUCAAGGGGAAUCUGCUUCCCUCUGCUUACCUCUGGAUAACCACUCGACCAGCAGCAGCCAAUCAGAUCCCUCCUGAGUGUGUAGCCCAGGUAACAGAGGUAAGAGGGUUCAGUGAUCCUCAGAAAGAGGAGUACUUCAGGAAGAGGAUCAGUGAUCAGAGCCUGUCCAAUAAAAUCAUCUCACACAUGAAGUCUUCCAGAAGCCUCUACAUCAUGUGUCACAUCCCAGUCUUCUGCUGGAUCUCAGCCACUGUUCUAGAGAGAAUGUUGGGUGAAGCAGAGAUUGGAGAGAUCCCCAAGACUCUGACUCAAAUGUUCACAUACUUCCUGAUCUUUUAGAUCAAACACAAGGACCAGAAGUACCAUCAGAAAUGUGACCUUGAUCUUCCCCAGACCAGAGCGAGUAUCCUGGCACUGGGAAAACUGGCUUUCCAACAGCUGGAGAAAGGAAACCUGAUGUUCUACGAGGAAGACCUGAGAGAGUGUGGCAUUGAUGUCAGAGAAGUGACAGUGUACUCAGGAGUGUGUACCCAAAUCUUCAGAGCAGAGUCUGGACUCCACCUGGGGAAGAUGUUCAGCUUUGUGCAUCUGAGUGUUCAGGAGUUUUUGGCUGCAUUAUAUGCAUUUCUCUGCUUCCUUGACAAAAACCCAACAAAAGAACAAACCACUGAUCUUUCUGGUCUUCUCAACAUAUCAGAAAUGUCUGACUUCCUCAAGAGUGCAGUGGAUCAGGCCUUACAGAGUGACAACGGACACUUGGAUCUUUUCCUCCGCUUCCUUCUGGGCCUCUCAGUGGAGUCUAAUCAGGAGCUCAUUCGAGGUCUGCUGACACACAAACGAAACAGCUCUGACUGUCAGAAGGACAUAGUUGAGUACAUCAAGUUCAAGUUUGAACACAAUCCAUCUCCAGAGAGAUCCAUCAAUCUGUUCUACUGUCUGAACGAGUUAAAUGAUUCACUAGUGAAAGAGAUCCAAAGCUACAUGAGCUCAGGACGUCUCUCUGAAGCUGAACUCUCACCUGCUCAGUGGUAUGCUCUGGUCUUUGUGUUGCUGACAUCAGAGGAGGAUCUGGAAGUGUUUGAGCUACAGAAGUUCAUAAAGUCAGAUGAAUGCUUUAAGAGACUGCUACCAGUCGUCCGGGAAGCCACAAGAGUUCUGCUCAGCGAGUGUAACCUGACAGAGAGGAGCUGCUCGGCUUUACACACAGUUCUCAGCUCAGAAUCCUCCAAGCUGACUGAGGUGGAUCUGAGCAGUAAUCCUCUGGAGGACUCAGGAGUGAAGCUGCUUUGUGCUGGACUGAAGAGUCCAAACUGUAACCUGGAGAAACUGAGACUUUCAGACUGCAGUAUAACAGAGGAAGGAUACGCUGCUCUGGCUGAAGCUCUGAAAUCAUCACACCUGAUAGAGCUGGAUCUCAGUGGGAACGACCCUGGAGCAUCAGGAGUGAAGCUGCUCACUGAUGUACUACAGGAUCCACACUGUACACUGGAGACACUGAGGUGAACAAUAUAUACUUCACUUUUAUGAGUGGAAAUAAUUACUUCAAUAGAAAAUCCAUUUCAAUGCACUACAAUAACUACCAGCAAAUAGAACUGACUGUUUUAAUAAGGGCUUGUGUAAAGUGUCCGUAGUGUA